GCACUCCCUGUGUCUCCUGCAUUGCAGGUGAAUUAUUUAUCCACUGAGCCAUCUGAAGUCUAGAAGUCCAAAAUCAAGGCAGGGUCAAGUUCUGGUCAGAGGUCUCUUGCUGGUUCAUAGCUGCACCAUCUUGCUGUGCUCUCUCUCAGUGGAAGGCAUGAGGGAUCUCUCUGGGGUCUUUUCUAUAAGAACAUUAAUCCUAUCCGUGCUCUACCUUCAUGAUCUAAUAACCUCCCACAUGCCCCUAACUCAUAACACCAUCAAAUUAGGAUUUCAACGAUGGCUCUGAGGGGACAGAAACAUGCAGACAUAGCAGAGGUUAACUAAUUUGUUCAAGGUUCCACCUCGGGAGACACUGGUUCGAUCCCUGGGUCGGGGAGGUCCCUGGAGGAGGUCAUGGCAACCCAGUCCAAUAUUCUUGCCUGGAGAAUUCCAUGAUAUAGGAGCCUGAAGGCAACAGUCCAUAGGGUUGCAAGGAGUCACGCACGGUCUGGCUGCAGUAUCUGUGCUCUCAACUGCUAGUCUGUCUAGUAGCUUCUCUCUGGGCCUCCCUCCAACCCCGCUCACAACAGGUAAGCUUACAUUGCAUAUUCAGUCUAUGCAAAACACUGGCCAAGCCCACAGAGGCUUGGAGGAGGAGGGAGCUAGGGGUUCCAGCUGAGGCACCUACAGCGCCCUCUGCUCGUCACUCUGCAUCCCUGCAGACUAACGGGCGAGCGGUCUUUCCUCGCUUGGCCUUUGAGCCAGUCUGCUGAAGUCAGCCUUGAAAGAGAGGAAGAGGAAGGGACAGGCAGGGCAGAGGUGGAGACACAAUCAGAAAAUUCUGCUCUCCAGCUAACUCCUCUGCCUUUCUCCUACUCUGUGGCCUUUUGGGAGUGGAAGGGGCUGGGGCGGAGCUAAUCUCAAACAGGCUUAAAGGAGAGCAGAUGGUUUUAUCAAGUUGUAACCUAAGAAGGAAAUUCAGUCUAUGAGGUCUCUACCUUCACGAUCUAAUAACCUCCCAAAGGCCCCUAACUCCUAACACCAUCACAUUAGGGUUUCAACAAUGGAUCUGAGGGGACAGAAACAUACAAACCAGAUGUAGCAGAGGCUAAUGAACUUGUUCAAGGUCCCACACCUGGAAAGUGGAAAAACUGGAUUUGAACCCAGGCUGUCUGGCUGGCUCCUCUGGUGGCUCCGUGGUAAAAAAUCUACCUGCAAUGCAGGAGACUUUUCACUCUGGAUUUCUCUCUCACUGUUCUCUGGCCUCCACUGCCCAUUUCAUUUAAAUUGACUGAUCCUGAACUGAUCUGCGGUCCAGCAAGUGGGCGAUGGGACAGCAAGCAAGGCUUGAAGGCAGGUGGGCAGGCUGGAGCCUUCAUUAGAAGUGUGACUUAAGACUAUUCCUCUGAGCCUGGAUGGCCUUGCCUGUAAAGUGGAAACUGGAAUCCCUGUCUCAUGAGAUGGCUGGGGAAGGAAAUUAGAAAGCUGAAAGUCAUGUGUGAAAUAAAUAGCACAAAAUAAGUGCAGGGUACUUAUCCAAGCUCUUUGUGUGGCAUUUAUUUCAUGGGCUAAUCUAAGGUGGGCCUUUCCUGGUAGUUCAGACAGUAAAGAACCUGGCUGCAAUGCAGGAGACCCAGGUUCGACCGCCGGGUUGGGAAGAUUCCUUGGAGAAAGGAAAGGCUACCCACUCGAGUAUUCUUGCCUGGAGAAUCCCAUGGAGAGAGGAGCCUGGCCGGCUACAGUCUGUGGGGUCGCACAGAGUAGGACUCAGCUGAGCGACCACACUAAUCUGAGGUGAUGUUGUGCCACGUCCACUGGGCUUCAGAGGAGCCGGAGACCCUGAUGACAUCUCUGUGACCCUUGGCUAAGAUAGCCAGAAUGUUAGUCCCUUGGUGGCUAGCUCAUUUUCAGCACUGAUAUCUGCUUUUGAUGAUAUCUAAUAAGAGCUCUUGCAGUUAAAUUCAGCAUUGGGGCUCAUUCUAAAUUCCUGUUAAAAAGCACCACCAUGCUCUUAAUCACUCAAGAGGAAAAAACUUGGGCAGCCUUUGACUCUUCCUCUCAGCCCGUCUCCAGUAAGAACCAGGACCUGGAAGAACUCCAGAGCAAGAUCAAGCUGACCCUGCUGGAAGGAGACAUUCUGGAUGAGCAGUGCCUGAAGGGGGCCUGUCAGGGCACCUCAGUGGUCAUCCACACCGCCUCUGUCAUUGACGUCAGGAAUGCUGUCCCACGAGAGACCAUCAUGAACGUCAAUGUGAAAGGUACCCAGCUGCUGUUGGAGGCCUGUGUCCAGGCUAGCGUACCGGUCUUUAUCCACACCAGCACCAUAGAGGUGGCUGGGCCCAACUCCUACAGGGAGAUCAUCCAAGAUGGCCAUGAAGAAGAGCAUCAUGAAUCGGCUUGGUCCUCUCCAUACCCAUACAGCAAGAAGCUUGCCGAGAAGGCUGUGCUGGAAGCUAAUGGGUGGGCUCUGAAAAAUGGUGGCACCUUGUACACUUGUGCCCUGAGGCCCAUGUACAUCUACGGGGAGGGGAGCCCAUUCCUUUCUGCCUACAUGCACGGAGCCUUGAAUAACAACGGCAUCCUGACCAAUCACUGCAAGUUCUCAAGAGUCAACCCAGUCUAUGUUGGCAAUGUGGCCUGGGCCCACAUUCUGGCCUUGAGGGCCCUGAGGGACCCCAAAAAGGUCCCGAACAUCCAAGGACAGUUCUACUACAUCUCAGACGACACGCCACACCAAAGCUACGAUGACCUCAAUUACACUUUGAGCAAAGAAUGGGGCUUCUGCCUGGAUUCCCGGAUGAGCCUUCCUAUUUCUCUGCAGUACUGGCUUGCCUUCCUGCUAGAAAUAGUGAGCUUCCUGCUCAGUCCAAUUUACAAAUAUAACCCCUGCUUCAACCGCCACCUAGUGACUCUUUCCAACAGCGUGUUCACCUUCUCCUAUAAGAAAGCUCAGCGAGAUCUGGGGUAUGAGCCCCUCUACACUUGGGAGGAAGCCAAGCAGAAAACCAAGGACUGGAUUGGCUCCCUGGUGAAACAGCACAAAGAGACCCUGAAAACAAAGAUUCAUUGACCUAGGAAUGACAACAAUGGGAACGUGGACAUGUGGGUAUGGUUAGUAGAUGUCUAUCGAGCGCUCCCCUUGAGGCUUCAUACAGAAUGUAACACAGACACAAGCCUGGGUCUUCCUGCCUCCCUUUUAGAAGAUGCUCACCUUACUAUCUGCCUUCCGCCACCAGAAACCGUGUCUGUCAAUGGCCCAAGUGGAAGCUUUCUUCCCUACCCGCCUCCAGGGGACAGACAAGGUGAUUUGCUGCAGCUGCGGGCACCAAAAUCUCAGUGGCAGAUUCUGAGUUAUUUGGGCUUCUUGUAACUUCGAGUUUUGCCUCUUAGUCCCACUUUCUUUGUUAAAUGCGGAAGCAUUUCUUUUAAAAGUUCAUAUUCCUUCAUGUAGCUCAAUAAAAAUGAUCAACGUUUUCAUGACUCA